GAUAACAUCAUUACAGGAUGUGCACCGUGCCCACCAGAGGGAGUAUGAAAAAUACAUGGAGGACAUUGAGAGGUCAAAGAUGACUGUCCAGGAGUUAGAGAAGUCUUCAGAUGCAGCUCUGAACUACAAAUUCUACAGGGCCAUGAAAACAUAUGUAGAAAACCUGAUAAACUGUUUGAAUGAAAAACUGAAAGACAUUAAUGAGCUAGAACUGGCUGUACAUGUACUGCUUCAGCAACGAGCCAUGAAGGUAUUGAAACAAAGGCAAGAUGAGCUGGAAGAUGAAUCUGCUUAUAUUCAGCAUCUGACAAGUGGGAAAGCCAAACCAGCUAAUGGUGGACUGGAGGGUGCUGAGAAGACACAGCUUCUGGAAAUGUGUGAAAAUAGAAGGACUUGCAGGCAGCAGGUGAGAGAGAGUUCAGGAGAGGCUGAUCACCACGAUGGCAUGUCAAGUGAUGAGGAGCUGACACCAGCAGAGGCAGAUGAGUUCCAGAAGAAGCAAGAUAACAUUUUAGAGGAUAGUAGGAAAAUCUUUGAAGAUGUACAUGCAGAUUUUUGUGACAUCAGAAAAAUCCUGUUGAAAUUCCAGGAAUGGAAAGAGAAGUUUCCUGACUCUUACUGUGAUGCUUAUAUCAGCCUCUGCCUGCCAAAGCUAUUAAAUCCAUUGAUCAGAGCUCAGUUAAUAAAUUGGAAUCCACUUGAGAAUUUCACAGCUUUAGAAGAGAUGCCCUGGUUCAGAGCAAUAGAAGAAUUCAGUGGUGCCAAAACAGAGUCUGAAUCAAAAAGGGAUGAUAACCCCAAUCAAGAAGUUCUGCCUAGAGUGAUUGAAAAAACAAUUCUUCCCAAAAUUACAGCAUUUAUAAAGAAUGUGUGGGAUCCUUUAUCCACUUCCCAGACCAAGAACCUUGUGCAGCUCUGCAGUAACAUCUUUGAAAAGCACUGCCUUUCCAAAAAUGAACACAGUGCAGCAAAAGAGGAUUUGCUGAACAUGGUUGUCCUAAGAAUGAAGAAAUCUAUAGAAGAUGAUGUCUUUAUUCCUCUAUAUUCUAAAAGCACUGUGGAAGACAAGUCAUCACUACAGUCAAAAUUUCAAGAAAGACGGUUUUGGUCAGCUCUUAAGCUGCUCUCCAACGUUCUGCUUUGGGAUGGGCUUGUACAGGAAGGUGUGGUGCAUGAGCUGGCCCUGGGCAAGCUGCUGAAUCGUUACCUCCUCCUGAACCUCUCCAACACACCACCAGGGCUGGGCAGUACAGAGAAGUGCAGUAAGGUGGUGGCAUGCCUCCCAGAAAGGUGGUUCCAGGAUCUUAAAAGUGGAUCAACCCUCCCUGAGCUACUGAACUUCUGCCAGCACUUACUGAAGUGUGCCCAUACGCUGCAGAAGAAUAACCACAGUGCUGAAGCAAAAGAGGUCCUUCUCCUGCUGGUGAAAGUCAAAGCUCUGCGUGUGGUUGAAGACUUCAUUCAAGAGUAUAAACUUGAACACCUUCAAUCCAUGAUUGGGAAAUAG